GGCGAAACGCUGGAAUCAUGAUUGACAGGACAGGACGAUCAGGCUCCUCACCAACUUCAUUCCAAUGGAAAACUUUAAUCAUAAAAUAAUCUCCAGAUCAUUCAAAUCGUAUCAAUCCUGCCCUUCUGAAACACUAAACUUCAAUUCACCGAAGCGCUCGACCGGACAGACUGGAAAACAUGUCAAAGCAAGGACCGAGAAGGCCAGCCACUGCUCACCGUUACAGACACAGACAGUGCAAAAACCCAGAAGAGCCCGUUAAGAUGGAGACACGUGAUGAAAGCCCCUCACAACAUGAAGUGCGUCUGGUCCUGCUGGGUAAAACAGGUGCAGGUAAAAGCGCGUCAGGAAACACAAUCUUGGGUGUCCGGCGUUUCGAUGCUGAAGUGAGCAUGGGAUCCGUCACCAAAGAAUGUAAGAGAGCGCGUGGAACAGUGGAGGGACGAAAUCUUCUGCUGGUCGACACACCCGGUCUGUUUGACACAGAGCUCACAACUGAAGAACUUCGAAGUGAACUGAUACACUGUCUAAGUUUGUGUUUGCCCGGUCCUCACGCGUUUCUGCUCGUCAUACCGAUAGAACGUUACACGCAGGAGCAACAGAGGACCGUGGAGAUGAUUCGCGAGAUGUUUCAGAACGACAUCACCAAUCACACCAUCAUCGUCUUCUCACACGCAGACGUACUUCAGGAAACCUCCAUCGAGGAGUUCAUUUCACAACAAAAUCCGAAGGUUCAAGAACUGGUGGAAAUGUUUGGAAAGCGUUACGUGGCUUUGGACAACAAAGAUCCAGAGAAACCAGAUCAGGUCUCUCGACUCCUGCAGAGAGUAGAUGAGCUGCUCCUUCAGAACGCCAACGUGCCCUUCAGUAAUCCCGUGACAGAGGUCGUGCUGAAGGCCCAGAGCAUCAUCUAUGAGAGAAGAACCAUGAAGAUAAAAGAAGAGGUGCAGAGAGAGGCCGACGAUCGCUGGGCUGCGUUGACUGCGGACGUGAGAGGAGACACACAAGACUCGGAGAAGAUGAAGAAGCGCGUCCGAGGCAGGAUCGAACGCAUAGAGACUGAUAUAAAGAAAGAAGAACAGAAUGUGCAUCCCAUCCCAGAACGACUCACGCGGAUGCGAGCAUCUCUGGAGAUGGAGCAGAAGAACCUCAGAAGACUUGAGAUGGAGGAGAGAGAGCGAGAGAAGCGAGAGCAGAAUGAAAAGAUGAAUAUAGAUCUGUGGAUAGCAGAAGAGCAGCAGAGGAGAGCGAGUCAGGACGAGACCAAUUCACAUUAUUACACCAAAAUGAUUCAGCACCUCAGUCUCCUGAUGUUAGGAGUUGGGAUCGGGACACUUUCACCUGUGCUCCUGGCCUUCCUCUUCCCUGCCGCUCCAGUUGUAGCAGAAGUCGGGUUGGCCGCACAGAUUUUACUCCACAUGCUCAGUUUGGUUGGAGAGGGAGCUUUCAUUUUACCCGUGGGUUUAAAGAUCGCAGCACUGACCCGGUGCACCAUUCAAUAAUAACACACACAAUCAUUUUCUGCAUCAUCCUGAUCGUAUCUUUUCCAGCUGUAUGUUGGCACGUCAGAGAUGAUUGCUGAAAAAUCUUAUCAUUGAAAUUAUUUCUGGUGGCUUUUUGAGAAUUUGUAAAGUCUUCUUCUAUUGUCAUACAUGGCCUAUAUAACAGUGCUUACUGCAAACAGCAUAUGUGUUAUUCGUGGUUUACAAUACACUAGAGGCAGAUGGCUAAAAACUAGAUGUUGUAGGCUGAUAUGGAUUCACAUGAAUAUAUUCACAAACAUUCACACAAAUGUAGUUAUCUUAAUAAAAAGAAUCAUUCACUCUCUGUGUGGGUUAAUGAAGUUGAUGUGUUUGUAUUUGUAUGUGAAUGAAGCGUGUUUUAAUACAUGUUUAAAAUACUCA